AUGGCUUUUAAUAUAGGUGGCUUAGUUGGUCUCAUUGUAUUUUAUCUAAUAACACUGGCGACUGGCCUUUGGGCCUCCCGGAAAAGCAAAAAGGAGACGAGAGAGAAUCCCAGUGAAGUGGCCAUCGUGGGCAACAGAAACAUGAACUUUUGGGUUGGAUUGUUCACUGCAACUGCGACGUGGGUAGGAGGAGCUUAUGUCAAUGGAACAGCUGAAAUUGUCUACCUUCCCUCCAGAGGACUAGUGUGGGUUCAAGCACCAGCAGGGUUCGCUUUGGCCCUUCUUAUUGGUGGGCUCUUCUUUGUCAAUCCAAUGAGAUCCAAGAAUUAUUUGACAAUGAUGGACCCGAUCCAAGAAGCUUAUGGGAACAUGAUGGGAAGUCUCUUGUUUAUUCCACCCUUAAUAGCGGACGUGUUCUGGUUUGCAGCUGUUCUCGCAUCCUUAGGAGCGACCAUGAAAGUCAUUUUGGAUAUCCAAGGGUAUUUAGCCAUCAUUAUAUCUGCAUGCACGGUCAUUCUCUACACUUUGCUGGGAGGUCUGUACUCUGUUGCAUAUACUGAUGUCAUACAGCUGGUCUUUAUCAUGGCUAGCUUGUGGAUUUGUAUCCCGUUUGCGAUGACAAACUUUGCAACAGAAAGCAUUUCAUAUACCGUUGCCCACAAUGUAUUUCAAGCACCUUGGGUCGGAAAGAUAGAAACACAGGAUAUUGGAAGGUGGCUGGAUGACUUCUUAUAUUUGGUUCUGGGGGCCAUUCCAUGGCAAACCUACUUCCAGCGAAUCCUCUCGGCUUCUUCUACAAAACAAGCCAGGCUCAUUUCUUACUUUUCCGGGAUGGGGUGCUUUAUGCUGGCCAUCCCCUCUGUGCUCAUUGGAGCAGUGGCUGCAUCCACAGACUGGAAUCAGACUCGCUAUGGCCUUCCCACACCCAACGACAGAGGAGAGUCAGCUCUCAUACUUCCUUUAGUUCUCCGAUAUCUUUGCCCGACAUAUGUCUCCAUUGGUGGUUUGGGGGCCAUCGCAGCUGCCGUGAUGUCUUCUGGGGAUUCCGCCUUGCUCUCUGCAAGCUCCAUGUUUGCUCACAACAUUUAUAGGAAAAUCCUGAGGAAAAAAGCAACCGAGAAAGAUGUAUUGUGGGUAAUGAGAGCUUCCAUGGUUGUCUUCGGGGCGCUGGCUGCAGCUCUGGCAUUUUAUUCCCAUUCGAUUUAUGACCUCUGGUUCCUUGGAGGUGAGCUUGUGUACACCCUCCUUUUUCCUCAGCUGUGCUGCGCACUCUUUAUUCCUCACACCAACACGUACGGCUCAGCUGCCGGGUUCUUCUUUGGAUUUCUGCUGCGGCUGUUGGCAGGGGAGUCAUCCCUGAAGAUCCCCCCACUUAUCUGUUACCCAGGAUGUUCUCUUGUCGAUGGGGUCUACGUUCAGCGGUUCCCUUUUAAGACCGUCACCAUGCUCGUCGGUCUCUUGACCAUCAUUUCCGUCUCGUAUCUGGCAGCCUUUGUGUUUAAGAGAAACCUCCUUCCUCACAAAUGGGAUGUUUGUCACUUAAUAAAGGAUGACAGUGUGUUUGUCUCUUUACCUCAGAGAGAAAAACAGAUGGAUGUGCAAAAAAUUGAAAAUGAUGAGCUAAUGGAGAAUAAUAGCAAUAGCGCUUUAUAA